AUAGACUGCACUCCAUUUGAGUUUAAACCCUUCCAGCUUGCCCACAUGCUCGACCCGAAGAGCCUCGACAUGCUUGCGAGCUUCGACGGCACAGUUGGCUUACUUCGUGGCUUGGGGACCAGCGCAGACCACGGAUUAACGAGCCCUCCCCAUCGGACGAAGACAGUGAGACAGGGUGCUUCCCACAGACACGACUCAGAAAAGGGUGGCGGGAAUGACCCACUGAAUCCUGCUGCGCGGGCGACAUUUGAGGAUCGCCGAAGGGUUUAUGGUGAAAAUGUUCUUCCUCAUCGGGCAAGCAAGACUUUGCUGCAAUUAAUGUGGAUGGCAUUGAAGGACAAAGUUUUGAUUCUGUUGUCGAUUGCUGCCGUCGUUUCCCUCGCCCUGGGUCUUUUUCAAGACUUGAAACCGAACAGGGAUACAACCGAAGCGCCUGUUGAUUGGGUGGAAGGUGUGGCCAUCAUGGUCGCUAUUGCUAUCGUUGUGAUUGUCGGUUCUUUGAACGAUUGGCAGAAAGAGCGUCAAUUUCAAACUUUAAACGAAAAGAAGGAGGAGCGUGGAGUCAAGGUCAUACGCGAUGGCGUCGAGAAAGUCGUUGAUGUCAAGGAGGUAGUAGUUGGUGAUAUCGCUCUCCUUGAACCUGGUGAAAUCAUUCCCUGCGACGGCAUCUUUAUCUCUGGUCACAAUGUUAGGUGCGAUGAGUCUGGCGCUACCGGCGAGUCGGACGCCAUCAGAAAGGUUCCCUUCCAUGAUGUUGUGCAGCUACACACGGCACAGGAUCCGCACGCCGAACACACCGACUGUUUCAUGAUCAGCGGCAGCAAGGUCCUUGAAGGGGUUGGAAGGUACGUCAUCGUGGCUGUUGGUACCAAGAGCUUCAACGGUCGAAUAAUGAUGGCCCUUCGCGGCGACGCAGAGAAUACUCCUCUCCAGAUCAAACUGAACUACCUCGCUGAGCUUAUCGCUAAGAUUGGUUCGGUUGCAGGUCUCCUGCUUUUUAUAUCCCUUAUGAUUCGAUUUAUCGUACAAGUCGCGAAAGGCGACCCGGCCCGGACUCCGAAUCAGAACGGGAUGGCUUUCGUCGACAUAUUGAUCAUAGCUGUUACUUUGAUUGUUGUUGCUGUUCCUGAAGGCCUGCCUUUGGCGGUAACUUUGGCCUUGGCUUUCGCGACGAAGCGUAUGACAGAAGAAAACCUUUUGGUUCGGGUGCUUGGAUCCUGUGAAACUAUGGCCAACGCCAACGUGAUAUGCACCGACAAGACUGGUACUCUUACGCAAAAUUCCAUGACGGUUGUUGCUGGCUCUCUUGGCAUACACGCCAAGUUUGUUCGCCAACUCGACGACAAUGCAGCUCGUUCAAACGCCGAGGAAAUGGAACAAUCCACCUCUGGUUCCGAACAGAUCCGCAAGCAUUAUGAGGACUUUUCUAUUGAUCAGGCCAAUUUGAACACCAUCCUUUCUCCGCAACUUCGCGAGUUGCUCAAUGAAUCGAUCGCGGUUAACUCUAGCGCAUUCCAGGACAUUGAUCCAGAGACUGGUGAAAAAGUCUUUAUUGGGAGCAAAACCGAAACCGCCCUUUUGCAAUUCGCUCAUGAAUUGGGAUGCAGGGAUUACAAGGAAAUAAGAGACGCUGCGGACAUCAUCCAAAUGAUUCCCUUCUCCAGCGAGCGCAAAUUCAUGGGCGUUGUUGUUCGGCUUUCAUCUGGAAAGUUUAGGUUGUAUGCAAAGGGCGCAAGCGAGAUACUGUCGAAGGAAUGCGUGCAACAUGUUGUGGUCCGCAAUCAACAAUCCGAGACCGUUAAAGUCAACGAGGAGGUCGAGGUAGCGACGAUCGAUGAUCUGGCGCAAGACAAUAUCAGCCGCACCAUUAUUUUUUACGCCAACCAAACCCUUCGCACCAUUGCCCUCUGCUACAAAGACUUCGAGAGCUGGCCUCCUCUGAAUACGCAGCUUAACGAAGAAGGCGAGGUCCCCGUGUCAGCAUUAACCAAGGAGCUUACGUUGAUUGCAAUUACUGGUAUCGAGGAUCCCCUUCGCGAAGGUGUUCGUGACGCUGUUUUGAAGUGUCACCGCGCGGGUGUUACGGUGAAGAUGUGUACUGGCGACAACGUCCUCACUGCCCGAUCCAUCGCCACGCAAUGCGGCAUUUUUACCACGGGUGGUAUCAUCAUGGAGGGUCCGGUUUUCCGCAAGCUUAGUCAUGUGGAGAUGAUGGAGAUCGUACCCCGUUUGCAAGUUUUGGCCCGUUCUUCACCGGAAGACAAGAAGAUACUCGUCGAAACGCUGAAGCGCAAUGGAGAAAUCGUUGCUGUGACUGGUGAUGGCACCAACGACGGCCCCGCAUUGAAAACUGCACACGUUGGCUUCUCAAUGGGCAUUGCAGGAACUGAGGUCGCGAAGGAAGCAUCCGAUAUCAUACUCAUGGAUGAUAACUUCGCUUCAAUCGUCAAAGCUAUCAUGUGGGGUCGAUGCGUCAACGAUGCCGUCCGCAAGUUCCUACAGUUCCAAAUUUCGACCAACGUCACUGCUGUCGUCAUUACCUUUGUCUCUGCCCUUGCAUCAGUGGAUGAGACCUCGGUGCUGUCCGCGGUUCAAUUACUCUGGAUCAACAUCAUCAUGGACACCUUCGCUGCACUGGCGCUGGCGACUGACCCCGCUACAGAGAGCCUUUUGGAACGCCUGCCUGAUAAGAAGACAGCACCACUAUUUUCUGUCGAAAUGUACAAGAUGAUUCUCUUUCAAUCCUUGUACCAGAUCGCCAUCAUCUUGAUCUUCCACUUCCUCGGGAACACCAUCCUUGGGUUUGAUGGCUCUGCACACAGCGAUGAUGUCGUCAAGACACUCGUCUUCAACGCCUUCGUCUUCGCUCAAAUCUUCAAUUCUGUGAACAGCAGGCGGCUUGACAACAAACUCAAUAUUUUUGAAGGCAUCCUCAAGAAUCGCUACUUCCUGGUUAUUACGUUCAUUGAAAUUGUUGUCCAAGUUCUGAUCGUUUUUGUUGGUGGGGCUGCAUUUCAAGUGACACACAUUCCUGGUCGUGAAUGGGGAAUUUCCAUUGCUCUCGGUGUUGUCUCCAUUCCGUUGGGAGUCCUCGUUCGCUGCCUUCCCAACGGCCCGUUCGAAAAGCUGUUUACCCUCCUCGGUUUGUUUGGAAAGCCGGAAGUCUUGCCCACCAGAAGACCAGACGCCGAUACAUGGAAUGGCGCUAUCACUCUAGUUCGCGACAAUCUCUCUAUCUUUGCAAACAUCCGGGGCGGGCGUGUCCGAUCUUCGUCUGUCGUUGUUAAGAGCCGGUCAGCACGGCUUAGCCAGGAAUUUCCACAUCUAAGAAUGUCCUCGGUCUUGACGAUGGCGCCUACACUAAUGGCAGGGGCUGUGGCCACUGGUGGAUGCUUCCAGCGACGAGGAAAUCUCUCAGACCCAGCUCACGCCGACCCUUCGAAAUCGUCAGCGGCGCUAUGGGAAGGGAAACUCCAGAUGCAUCCUGAUACGCCGCUAGAUGAUCCAGUGUAUCAACGCUUUGCAACAGGAGCCCCCAAUCUUGCAUGAGGCCCAUCCGUUUUUGUUUUUCGACUCAAAUUUAUGUCAAGCGCAAACGCGCUACGACAAUGCCUGGCUGCAUUAUACCUGAAACCCAUGAUACCCCCCUUGGCAUAUACACACAUGGGUAUCAGUCGCACUAUCGCCAGCUCUUGCAUCGCGUCGACCGCAGUACAGUCAUGGCACGCUGAGCUUGCAUUCUGCUAAACAUCAAGUGGUACAUAAUAAUCAAUCAAUCAACACAUUUCUGAGCAUAGAAUCUUGCACUCCACCCAUGCCUGAUAGACACAUUCACUGUAGCCAUACUUAUAACUUUACGUUACAAACAUUUUAUUAAAUCAUGAAUCUUCGCC